AGUAAUUGAGCUUUAAACCCUGGUUCAUUCAACAACCUAUCCCCUCUUUUUGGCGUCCGCCUCCAUUACUCCACUAUGAUUGCUUUAUCUCCUUCCUUCUCUUCAAAUUACUAAAAGUACUGAUUGAUUUUUGUUCUUCUAGAAAAUGCUGGAAGUUUCUAGAAGCAGCUCAGUAGAGUGGAAGCCGUCGCCGGUUGUAGCGUUAGUUACUAGUGCUGAUGAUUGUAAAGUUGCUGCUGCGAGAGAGGACGGGACGGUUGAGAUUUGGCUUGUUUCACCUGGCUCUGUUGGAUGGCACUGUCAACUUAUAAUACAUGGAAAUCCUAAUUCGAGGGUUUCCUCAUUAGUUUGGUGUCAGUUGGGGUCGAGAAAGUUGCCUGCAGGUCGGUUAUUUUCGUCCAGCAUUGAUGGAUCAGUUUAUGAGUGGGAUCUUUUAGAUUUGACUCAGAAGGCAGUGCUAGAUUCCAUUGGUGUUUCAAUAUGGCAGAUGGCUGUGGAACCAUGCAAUGUUUCACAGCUUCAUCAAAAUCUUCCAAAGAAGUCUGAGAAUGGCCAUGUUAAUCUUACAAAUGGUGCUAGUAGUGAUAGUGAGAGCAGUGAAGGUGAAGAGGAUGAUGACUCAGUUGUUAUUCACGUGGAUGAUGUUAGUGAAACUGGUCGAAUUGCAUUUGCUUGCGAUGAUGGCUGUGUUCGAAUCUACACUGUUUCAGAUGAGAAGAAUUUGUCUUAUAAAAGAUCGUUGCCUAGGGUCAGUGGGCGUACGUUGAGCGUCACUUGGAGUUCUGAUGCAAAGAGGAUAUUUUCUGGUAGUAGUGACGGGUUUAUAAGGUGUUGGGAUGCCAAGUUUGCAUAUGAAAUCUACAGGAUAACAGCGGGUCUUGGAGGUUUGGGUAGUGAACCUGAUCUAUGCAUUUGGUCAUUACUUGCAUUGAGAUGUGGUACCCUGGUUAGCGCAGAUAGUAGUGGGAGUGUUCAGUUCUGGGACUCCCAGCAUGGAACUCUUGUACAGUCACAUUCCUGUCAUAAGGGUGAUGUGAAUGCUUUAGCAGCAUCUCCCAGCCAUAGUAGGGUAUUUUCUGCUGGUUCUGAUGGUCAGGUUAUACUUUAUAAGCUCUCAGCCAAUGAGGUUGGGUCUCAUGAUGGAGACAUUUCUUCCGUAGUCAUGAAGAAAUGGGUUUAUGUUGGUCAUGUGAGGGCCCAUACACAUGAUGUAAGGGCCUUGGCAGUUGCUGUGCCCAUCGCUCAUGAAGAGCCCAUAGUCGAACAGAAGGCAAAGAAGCAUCGUUCUAGGGAGAAGCCCCUUGAGUUUAGUUAUCAUAAAUGGGCACAUUUGGGUGUGCCGAUGCUUAUCUCAGGUGGUGAUGACACUAAACUUUUUGCAUAUUCUGUAAAGGAAUUCACCAAUUUUUCUCCACACGAUAUUUGUCCCUCACCUCAGAGGCCGCCCAUACAACUUGCAGCAAAUACAAUUUGCAGUCAGGCUUCUUUACUCUUAGUUCAGGCAUCAUACUGGAUAGAUAUUUUUUGUGUUCGUGUUAAAAAUGGGGCUGUGUCCGACAGCGGUGGCCCAUCUGGUGGGGCUGCAAGAACAGAUCUAGUGGCUCGCGUUAAGUGCAAAACUUCGAGGAAGAUCACAUGCAGUGCACUUUCUCCUUCAGGUGUACUGUUUGCUUAUUCUGACCAUGUUAGACCCUGCUUUUUUGAACUUAAAAAGAGUGGUGAUGGCAAGAGUGCAUGGUCUGUCAGCCGAAGGCAGCUCCCUUCGGGACUUCCAUUUGCCCAUUCAAUGAUUUUCAGUGCAGAUUCUUCUCGAAUGAUGAUAGCGGGGUGUGACAGAAGGAUUUAUGUGGUUGAUGCAGUAAGCUUGGAAUUAGUUCAUGUUUUUACCCCUUUCCGUAAAGAACACUGCGAAGAAUUGCCACCAAAUGAACCCCCCAUUACGAGAAUGGUCACUAGUGCAGAUGGGCAAUGGUUAGCUGCUGUCAACUGCUUUGGAGAUGUAUAUAUAUUUAAUCUAGAGAUACAGAGGCAACAUUGGUUUAUAUCAAGAUUGAAUGGGUCUUCCGUUACAGCGGGUGGCUUUACUCCUAGAAAUAGCAAUGUUCUUAUAGUAUCCACAUCUUCGAACCAGGUAUAUGCAUUUGAUGUUGAAGCUAAACAACUAGGAGAAUGGUCCAACCGGUAUACAUUCUCAUUGCCGAGAAGAUUUCAAGAAUUUCCUGGAGAAGUGAUUGGGCUCUCUUUUGCUCCUUCUACUAGUUCAUCAUCUGUCAUUGUCUACAGUUCAAGGGCGAUGUGCUUGAUUGACUUUGAGUUGCCAAUUGGUGAUGACCACGAUACUGACGUAGCUAAUGGUCAAGAUUUAGCUUUGAAGAAGCUACAUAAUAGCUCUCCUGCAAAGGGGACUUUGAAGCGCAAGUUGAAAGGGAAUGAUUUAGAUUUGAAACAAAUUGGUAGAAAGAAUUUUGAAUUUUGCGCUUUCAGAGAUCCUGUUUUAUUUGUUGGACAUCUUUCAAGAACUUCCACCUUGAUCAUAGACAAACCUUGGAUUCAAGUGGUUAAAACUCUUGAUGCCCAACCCGUUCACAGACAUAUUUAUGGGACAUAACUUUUUGUCUCAGUUUUUGUUACAACUUACUAGGUGAUGUUUCGAGGGGAGUAUUCAGCCCCCUUACACACUUUAGAUUCUUCUAUGUUGUUAGCUGGAGUUUGGGUGCGGAAAAUGUUUGAAUCAAUUCUCAUGUUUCAGUGUAGCUUCAUUCCAUCUGCAGUUCUAUAGAAAUCGCGUGGACGGACCUGUAUAUAUAACUUAUGAGCUUUACAAAGUGUAUGCUAGCCUGUUCAGAUA